AUUAUAUUUACGUUUGAAAGAGACAGAUAACAGUUAUAAGAUUUGAACUCAAUGUUUGGAUGUGCAUAAAGCGAUGAUGAGCAAUCCAAGUGCCCUCCUCUUUGUCACGUGGUUAUGUCACGUGGUGAUAUCAUUGGUUUAUGGAAAUAUUGCACCUGACUGUAAUCGUAAAUGUGGUCCCCAUGGACAGUGUCAAGUUUACAUCACUGGUGAGACGCAUUGUAAAUGUGACAAAGGUUGGCUGGGCAAUCAUUGUGGAACCGUGGAUGCAUGCCACCCACGACCUUGUCUCAAUGGCGGUAUUUGUCACCAAACAACGGUUAGACCCCACUUCCGGUGCGAAUGCAUUGGCAACUACAUUGGCCUAACCUGUCAAGAGAAACUUCCAUUAAACGUCAGUGGAACAAAUGCUCCACAAACCGGAAACUCUGAUGACGCAUGCGUACCAAAUCCUUGUCAACAUCAUGGAAUAUGUCACCAUACUCAUAAAAGUCCUUUCUUCAGAUGCGAAUGUGUCUAUUCUACGACGGGAGAUUUGUGUGAAGAUAAACCUUGUUCAUCUUCCCCAUGCCAAAACAACGGGACAUGUCACAAUACGAAACGGGGGUUUCACUGCGAAUGUCACCAUGGUUAUCAUGGCACCCUGUGUGAAAAUUUUGGAGUAAAGACGUCAACUUCCAAAGCCAUUAUCUAUUCUAACUUAACAUCAGCACAUUUUACAACACCGUCUCCCUUGACACAAACUGUGGCGAAGACAUCCCAACUUGUUACAUCACUUCCGAUGGAAUAUACUCAUUCAACUAAAAAUAGCAUUUCUUCUGUACAUCAUACAUGUGAUAAGUUCAAUUCUGUGUUUGGAGUCGCUGAAAAAGUCAUUGCAAUGAAUCAGAAUGCAUCCGAAUGUACGUCCGGUAGACAUUCGUCUCCUGACGCGUACGUCCUUGCAAAUUGUGACGUCAGUCAUACGUCAUUGUGGAAACAAGGAAUAAAAGUCAUGAAUGAAUGUGACACCUUACCGUCCUACACCCCAAUAGCCGUAUUCAACAAUGGCGUUUUUAAACCAGAGUCAUAUUUUUGUGGAAUUUUCCUGGGAUGCCUUCACAACGAAACUGGAAUUAAGAUGAUAAUGCAGCGAUGUGACGCGAAUCCAUCUAUUGUACAUAUCACCAGUGGCCAGUUUAACUCCAACCCGUUUUCUUAUUUUACUAUUAUAUAAGAAAUAAAGAAUAAUCAUUCAUUA